AUGAGUAAGGUGGGGGAUUCUACUAAGAAGUUCCACGUGAAUGCGAGUGGGCUUUUGGGCGCCGAGUCGCUGGACAAUCUGACGUCUUCGUUGGAGAAAUCAUUUGCGUCCUCGCCCCGCUCAUCGCCAUCGAAACCGCGCAAAAACCGCAAAGAAACCCUCAUGUCGCCCGCCAAGAUCCAGAACCCGCCCCCACCAGUGGCCCCGAUGUUCUCUCCCUCGCACGCCGAGUUCUCGAAGAAGCUCGGGAAGCUCACAGAGAAGCUGAGUUUUGGAUCUCCACGCACCGCGGCACCCGUCGUGGACCCUACCACGUCCCCCAAACCCAAGUACAAAGGAACAACAAAGCCGGCGAACCCUCUGCCUCCGCCGCGGCUCCAGGAAUCAAACAGAUCGCCCAGAUCGCGCGACACACCGAACUCGUCCAUCCAGGGAUCGCCCGAGUCUAAGCGGAAAGGAUCGCUCCAUGAUAGAUGUGUGUUCUGCGACUUGCCGCUCUUGUCGAUGCUUCUGUAUAACCCAGAGGCCACAGACCCUGAGGGCGUUAUCGAACUGGUGUGUGCCCAUAGCAGCCACGAAAAAUGCCUGCUUCUCGAGAUGGAGUUUGUUAACACAGCCAAGAUUCCUCCCUCGGAGCCGUCAGUUGCAAACUACUUUCCCAGCUGUCCCAAAUGUUCGAGCAGCGUGAAAGCAGUGCCGGCGUCCCAGACAAUAGCCGACCAACUGAUCACCAAUAUCCUCACCGUCCCAAUGAAGAAACCAGAACCUAUACAUAGCAUACCACUUUUCCGACAACCCGGAUCGCAAAACAGCUCGGCGAACUCGUCGCCGCGCGUGCUUCAGCGAGCCAAAGGCGAUCCCUGGACUCCCAGAGGAGAGAUACUUCCGCACAGACACGCAAAGAAACCGUCGCGAGGAUCGUCGAUCUCGGCCGUUUCUUCAAUCAUCUCCUCGGUGUCUGUGGGGGUGCCGUUUGACCCGGAAACGCUCUCGAGCUCUGCUUUCGAUGGGUCCAAGAUCCAGAGCGCUUGGACCAGCGAGUUCCCGAUCUACUUGCUGCGGUCCAAGUUUCUGAGCGAACUGGUUCUGGUGCAAAAACAGAAAAUGAAGUCUAUCAAGUUCGACAAGCCGAUGAUCGAUUCUUUCGGCGACCUGAGGCUCUUGGACAAGCUUCGGCUCAGUCAGGACGGCAUCUCGUGGAACGAGUGUUAUUGCUAUUUGUUUGAACGGAUGUUCCUGACACUCGAUCUCGACGCCAGCCGGAUCGGAAAACUAACAAUAGAUCAGUCCUUGACCUCCGAGAUCCCUUCGCCAACGGUAGUCAAGUUCCAGACCGCGAACGCAACCAUACACCUUACCUGCAGUGACUCUGAGGUGGUGGAGAAAUGGGGCGUUGCGCUUGCAAAUCUCAACACAGAGUUCCCUAGCGGUUUGAUCACAUCCACAGUGAAGGAAGACGAAUUCUACCCAGUGCUUCAGUUCGAAGAUUCCAAGGAAACACGGCCUCCACGGAAGGGAGUGAACCCGCGGUUCUAUGAAAGCACCAUCAAUUCGCUGGACUUUGGCCACAAGCCGUCCAAAAUGGUGAUUGUGGUGAACCAGCUGACUCCGUCGCCGCACUCGCUCGUGUCGAUCAAAAACAUUGUUCGCAGCUUGUCCAUGGUGAAGAUCGAUAUAUCCAUGGUUUUCACGUCCUCGCUCCAUUUGAACUUGGGAUCUAAGGUGCUGGACACCCUAGAGAUGUUGGCGAGCGACGACGGCGACGAUAAGGAGCUGUUGCUCAAUAAGGUGGACGAGUACCAGAAUUUACUGCAGGUCAUCACCCCGACUGCAGACGAAACAAAGGCCCAUUGGGAAGAAGACUCCAUGCUGGGCUCUACUCUGAAUAACAUCCUCGAAACAGACGAGCGUCACAAAGACCAGGAUAUCACAACGGUGGUUCUAUCAGCAUCCUCUUUAAGCGGACUUGCAGAUCUUCCUACCGCGAGAAAUAUAUUCAUCGAAAUCAGUACGUCUCCAGAAAUGGCGAACGGGGGCAAGCGGGCAAGCAUCUUCAAUGUCACUGGUUGGGAAGACGCCAUGGAAGCAAUAUGUGCCUACAUUGGGCUCGAGUUCGAUGACAGUGACUUCGACAACAGCUCGGAUGACUCUGACGACGAAGAAGCUAAAGAACCGCUCACUCUUGGGGAUACCGAAUUUUUACCCGAAAAGAUUGGCGAUAACACCAGGUGGAGCACUUUGCUUAAAAGCUUAGAUAAAGCUUUGGAAGAAACAAAGGGUCACAAAUAA